AGCGCUCGUUUGUUAGUUCGCAUGCGUAGGGACGCUGGGCGUCUUAGGCGGUUGAUUGGGAGUAGGCGUCCGGAGUACCACCAGGAACUGCUUUAGCCGCUGCGGGGAGACGCCCCGUUGUGGUUGCCGACUCUAUGGGGCCGUGAGGAUAAAGCUCUGACGGAAAAAGGGGCCUCGUGCCGGUGUGCGGUGUUGCCGGAAGGAUGGAAGAUCAAGCAGCACCGGGAUCUGGGGGUGGCGACGAGCCCCCGGGCCCUAGCAAGAUGAACGCAAAACGGAGCGGGCGAUCCUCGGAAGAGGAGACCCGGAACAAGACGAAGUUGAAUAUCCAAAUAAAAACUUUGGCAGAUGAUGUGCGUGACAGAAUAACAAGCUUCAGGAAAUCAACAGUGAGAAAAGAGAAACCGUUAAUUCAGCACCAUGUUGACACACAACCUACUAUUAGUGAAAUUCCACUCACCCAGGUGCUUCUUGAUGAACGAUGCAUGAACUUAUCUGAAAAGGAGGUUAUGGAUCUCUUUGAAAAGAUGAUGGAGGACAUGAAUCUUAAUGAAGAACGGAAAGCUCCUCUCAGAGAGAAGGAUUUGUCAACGAAACGUGAAAUGGUUGUCCAGUACAUCUCUGCCACUGCUAAAUCUAUAGUCGGAAGUAAAGUUCCGGGUGGACUCAAAAAUAGCAAGCAUGAAUGCACACUGUCAUCUCAAGAGUAUAUUCAUGAGUUACGAUCUGGUAUUGCUGAAGAGAAGCUUCUGAACUGCCUUGAGUCGCUGAGAGUGUCUUUAACCAGCAACCCUGUUAGCUGGGUUAACAAUUUCGGACAUGAAGGCCUUGGACUGCUUUUGGAUGCACUGGAAAGGCUUUUGGAUAAGAAACAACAAGAAAAUAUCGACAAGAAGAAUCAACAUAAACUCAUCCAAUGCCUCAAAGCUUUUAUGAAUAACAAAUAUGGGCUGCAACGGAUUCUUGGGGAUGAAAGAAGUCUUUUACUUUUAUCAAGAGCGAUCGAUCCAAAGCAACCACAUAUGAUGACUGAAACGGUGAAAAUACUUUCUGCAAUAUGCAUUGUUGGAGAGGAAAAAAUUUUGGACAAGGUCUUAGGAGCUAUAACAACUGCUGCUGAAAGGAAUAAUAGAGAACGCUUCUCUCCAGUUGUUGAAGGACUGGAGAAUCAUGAAUUCAUACAACUGCAGGUAGCCUGCAUGCAACUCAUCAAUGCCCUUGUUACAUCUCCGGAAGAACUUGAUUUCAGGAUUCACUUGAGAAAUGAGUUUUUACGUUGUGGCCUGAAGAAAAUAUUGCCUGCCUUGAAAGAGAAGGAGAAUGAAGAGCUUGAUAUUCAGUUGAAAGUGUUUGAUGAGAGCAAAGAAGAAGACUUAAUUGAACUGUCGCAUCGUCUCAAUGAUAUCAGAGUUGAGAUGGAUGAUGUGAAUGAAGUAUUUCAAUUUUUGUACAAUAUGUUGAAAGAUACUUCUUCUGAAAACCGCUUUUUGUCAAUUCUACAACACUUCCUUCUCAUCAGGAAUGAUUACUAUGUCCGACCUCAGUAUUACAAGAUAAUUGAAGAAUGCGUAUCACAGAUAGUAUUGCACAGCAGUGGCAUGGACCCAGAUUUUAGUUGCAGAAGAAUGGAUGUGGAUUUUACUCACCUUAUUGAUGCAUCUGUAGACAAAACUAAAAUAGAAGAAAGUGAGAAAAAAGCAGCAGAAUUUUCCAAGAAAUUUGAUGAGGAGUUCAUAGCUCGACAAGAGGCACAAGCAGCACUUCAGAAACGAGAGGAGAAAAUCAAAGAACUUGAAACAGAAAUCAAACGGUUACAAAGCCAGGAUCCUCCUGCAAGUGUGAAUGUGCCACCUUCUACAGCAUCUCUGCUACCUGGUAGAACAGUGCCACCUCCACCGCCUCCUGUAUCCAGUGGGGGGAUUACCUUGCCACCACCACCACUACCAGUGUCUGCUGGGUCUGUAAUUCCUCCUCCGCCUCCGCUGCCUGGUGGGUCCGUAAUUCCUCCUCCGCCUCCGUCUGGUGGGUCCGUAAUUCCGGAUUCCUCCGCCCCGAGGGUUGCCUUGGUGGGGUCUGUAAUGCCUCCGUUGCCUGGUGGGUCCGUAAUUCCUCCUCCACCUCCACUGCCUGGUGGGCCCAUAAUUCCUCCUCCGCCUCCGCUGCCGGGUGGACUUGCAGCAACGCUGCCGCCACCACCUCCUCCACUGCCUGGUGUGUCCUCAAUUCCUCCUCCGCCUCCACUGCCUGGUGGGUCCUCAAUUCCUCCACCACCUCCACUGCCUGGUGGGUCCUCAGUUCCUCCUCCACCUCCGCUGCCCGGUGGGUCCUCAGUUCCACCUCCGCCUCCGCUGCCUGGUGGUGGAGCAGUACCUCCACCUCCACCACCUGGUGGGCCUCCAAUAGCACCAUCUCUUGGAAGUUAUCCGUUUGCUCCUGUUCCAGUGAUGCCAGCAUUACCACAUGGAAUGAAGGAGAAGAAAAAGUACAAUGUGGAAGUAUCUAUGAAGAGAAUCAACUGGUCCAAGAUCGAGCCGUACAAGAUAGCUGAAAACAGCUUUUGGGUAAAAGCUGAAGAAAACAAAUUUGAAAGCCCAGAACUAUUUGCAAGAUUGGCAGUCACCUUUGGAACGCAAAUGAAAGCUAAAAAGGCAGUAGAAAAGCAAGAAGAAAAGAAAAUAGAACAGUCAAAGAAAAAGAACAAAGUAUUAAGAGUUUUGGAUGGAAAAACUUCACAGAACUUAUCAAUAUUUUUGGGUUCUCUACGUAUGCCUUAUGAAGAAAUAAAAAAUAUCAUCUUAGAGGUUAAUGAAGAGAAGCUGACUGAAACCUUUGUUCAGGCUGUAAUGAAGAAUCUUCCUGAACAGAACGAAAUUAAUGCCUUAGCUGCAUUGCAGGAUGAAUAUAAUGAUCUUGCUGAGUCAGAACAAUUUAUAAUUGUGAUGAGUUCAGUGAAAAUGUUGAGGUCACGUCUCAAUGCAAUUCUUUUCAAGCUUUCAUUUGAGGACCAUGUAAACAAUAUCAAGCCUGGCAUUAUGUCGGUUACACUAGCUUGUGAAGAGCUGAGGAAGAGUGAAAGCUUUAGUAAGCUUUUGGAGUUAGUGUUGUUCCUUGGAAACUAUAUGAACACUGGCAGCAGAAAUGAACAGUCUCUUGGUUUUAACAUCACAUUUCUUUGCAAGAUUAUAGAUACUAAAUCAACAGAUCAGAAGACAACCUUACUGCAUUUUCUGGCAGAAGUGUGUGAGGAGAAUUAUCGAGAUAUCUUAAAAUUCACAGAUGACCUGCAGCAUGUUGAGAGUGCAAGUAAAGUUUCAGACAAAACUCUAAAGAGCAACCUUGAUUCAAUGAACAAACAGAUUCAACGCAUAGAAAAUGACAUUAAGAAUUUCCCUAAAACAGAAGAUGAGCAUGAUAAGUUUGUAGAGAAGAUGAGCCUCUUUGCUGAGAAUGCGCGAGACCAAUAUGAAAAGCUGUCCUACAUGCACAACAACAUGAUGAAAUUAUAUGAGAGCUUGGGAGAAUACUUUACUUUUGACGCUAAGUCAAUAAGCAUAGAAGAAUUCUUUGGUGAUCUGAACAACUUUAGAAUUCUGUUCUUGGAAGCGUUAAAAGAAAAUAAGAGAAGAAAAGAAAUGGAAGAAAAAAUGAAGAGAGCCAAAUUGGCAAGAGAAAAGCAAGAGCAAGAGAGGCUGGAGAGACUGAAAAAGAAGCAACAGUUGCUUGAUAUGAACAAAGAAGGUGACGAGACGGGAGUGAUGGAUAGUCUCCUUGAGGCCUUGCAAUCAGGAGCUGCAUUCAGAGAUCGCAGGAAACGCGUGCCACGAGAUAACAGACAAGUAGGUUUGGAAGACUCUCGUACUCGUCACAGUGGAACAAGAGCAGCUAUAUGAUUCUUCUGAUGCCAAAGAAUUUAGUGAAUUGUUUUAUUUACAAUUACAUGGAUAUAUUUUUAAGAGUUUAUCAUCCAAAUUGGCAACGUUCACAAAAGAAUACUGGUAUUGACUAAAUGCGGGAAAUGUUUAAAUAUUUUUUGUUAAAUAAUCCACAUACUGUAUCUUAUUACCCCAACUACCAAGAUCUGUAAACAGUGUUUAACAGCAAGGUCUUUUUUUUAAGGUACUUUUUUUUUUUUUUCCUUUUUCCUUUUUCCUUUUUUUUUUUUUUUUUUUUUUUUUUUUAAAAAAGCUGGUAAUUUAAAUGAAAGGAGUUGGGGGUUCCAAGGAAGUGCUUUAUAUGGCUAAGAAAACAGAGCUUUGUUGAAAGAAUACAGAUGUGGAUUCCAUUUGCAAUUCUUGUUUGGACCUGAAAGGAAAAACGUAAUAAAAUUGUAUGUUGAAAAAUUGAGAGAUGAGCUGAUGUACAGAAUCAUUUUUGUAACCAUAAAAAUGCUAUGUGUAGCCCCAGUGAGGUUGCUGGAAAUCUUUAUCUCUAUGUAAAGCCUGGUGGAUUCAGCAGUUUUAGCUGCAAGUAGGAUAUACCACAUAUCUACACUUUUGGUGACUUUAAUGAUGUAUAAUUGCUUAUCACUGCUAAAAAUGAAAAAUAAUUAAAAAAAAAAAACUAUAGGAUUUUACAAAAAUUAAACGAUACUAUGGGCAGAAUAUGUUUUUAACUGAAUAUACAGAGAAAUUUUCUAAUUGUGAACUUAUAUAUUCUUUAUACAGAUAUUUGGGGAAAAUAUGAUUGUCCUAUUUUAACUGUACUGAAAAUACCUUUGUGUAGGUUUUUAGAUACUGGCUACAUUAUGAAGCUAUUCAGAGCUGCCUCUAAGUUUUUCCUCUGUUUCUCAGGUAAAACAUGUAGCGGGAUCUCUGUGGUGGAUUUUAGUUCUGAGGGUUUAGCAGCUAAGAAUAAGUUUUCUACCUGGAGCACUAUAUAGCAGAGAAACAGCAGAUUGCAGCAAUCUGAUUUUUUGGGAAACUCCUCCCAUUCUACUUUGUAUACAGCCCCUGCACUGCAGUACCUCAGGUGAGCAGUCAGCUCAGUAGCUGACACUGUCUAUGUUCUGCCACUCAAGGGGGAACUUAACAGUUCUCUUUCCUCCCUAGACUCUUGUGGAAUGUACAGUGUGUUUUGGUGUUCAGGUCAGUCUUCACCAUCCUUUGUACUGAAGACUUGAUGCUUAUUAGAAUGAGAUGGAGAAUUUGAAGUGGGAGUUCCGGUGGAACUACUUGUAUGUUGUUCAAUUAUGGUAUUUUUUAAAAUGGGAUACAGUGUAGUAGAUGGCACUUAUUCUCAGAUUAUUACUGAUUGAUGCAUUAAUAUGAAUACUUUUAUUGCCUGGGGUUAUGGAAAACUUCUUUUUUAAUGUUAUAUAAAGAAUAUUUGGGAGUCACGUUAUUUUCUGUGCACAAACUGCUAGCUCUAGAGGAGCAUUUGAUACUGGGGCGAUGUAAUUUUGCACUACUGCUUGAGCCAAGCGUCUUUGUACAGUUAGAUUCUUUUUGCUUAUCUGGUAACAUACUUUAUGAUUUUAAAGACUAUCCAGCUAUAUAGGGAUAAUUGCUUACAAUUUCAAGCUAUGUUCAUAAAUAUACAGUUACUGUAAGAAAAGAUAAAAGAUACAGCUCCUUAUCUGUCCAAGUAUUGAUUUUCCAAUCUUUUUUUUUAAAAAAAAGGUCUUCAAAGGAUACAGUUUUUGCCCAUUGCUGCAUCACUAAACACAAGAAUGCAAAUGAAGCCAAGUGAAGUGUGUGCUGUCAACUAAUACUCUACCUAAACAGGGGCUUUUUGUGUUUUUAGUAAUUAAGCAAAGACUUGUAUGGUACUUCAGGAAAAAAAAAAUGUGCAUGCAACAGGGUUCUGUUCUGUGUCUCAGCUCUUUCAGUAAGAGAUACAAAUAAUUAUAUUCUGUUUUGUGUAAGGUCAACAUCAACCUUGUACUCAACCCUAUUAAUUUUGCAGUUAUAAAAAUGUACUUAAUGUGCAUAGCCAGUUUAAAAGGAUUAGGUGCAUAAUGUCAAUAUAAAUUUGUACUGCAAUCAAUAGUGUAUUAAAAUUCAAAUUUUAAAAUGAGCAUUUUGGGAUUUAGAGGUAUUGAUAUCUUUAUAUGUGAAAACUCAACAGCUCAAAGCAGAAUCUUUAUACUGUAGCAGAAAUUAUUAGUGCACAAGUUUUUCAUUUCCGUGGCUGUAUUUUUUAAAGGUUUGUGAAUGCUGACUGCAGAUUCUCAAGAACCAAAUCUUAGCAAAAAAAAAAAAAAAAAACAAAUUAAAAAAAAAAAAAAAAAAAGGAAAUCCAAAAGAACAUCAUCAUCUAAUACUUCUAUUUUACUACUAUUUUUUUCUUAUUUGAAACAUUUAUAUAAUUUAAUGGACAUAUCUGUUAGAACAAAAGUGUCUUUCAAAGGAAAACUAGUUUAGAGGAUAAUUUAUGUAAAUAUAGGGUGCUCGUAUUUAUGAAGUCUAAAAUAUUUUCUGAAAUUGAUGCUGGUCACUUUGUCUUUUGAUAGUUUUUUCAGUCUAUAUUAAAUUGCAGCUAUUUUUAAUGUUUUUAUUAUUGAUCUGAUUUUCAGAGUUGUCACGUGUUUCUCUAGAAGUGUAGAGUAGUAGCACCUUUUUCAGAAAUGCACUUGCCUUAUUUUCUAAUUUAAAAAAAAAAAAAAUGAAAUAUAUCAGUUAAAUUAUAUUUGUAUUCAGAAUAAUCCCAGAAAGAAAAUUGCUGGAGGCUUCAUACAUAAAUUUCUCGCUAAUUAUUUUUCACUAAAUGUCCUCUGAGACAUGACGUUAACGGUAUCCUAUCACAUCUGUUUGCAUUCACAUUUUUCCAGUUAGAAGUAAUGAAGAUAUUUUUUUUUAUGAUGUUACACUGUUUACAUUUCUUAGUUUAUUUAAGAGGAAAAUAAUCUUACCUUUGUAAUGAAUUAAACUAAAUUUGCAAUUGACAUGGGAAUGAAUGGUUUAAAUCAUAUACAAAUAUACACCUCUGUUGCUUAAGACUACUGGCUGUACUGAUCAGAAAUGUGAAGACACAACAUUUUUGCUCAAGUUUGCUGAGAAAAAGUGCAAGAUGAUUUAUCAUGUAUGUUUGUGAUUGAGCAGAUAUCUUUUCCCAGCACAUAAGUGAUGUUUGUUUUGUGUUAAUCAUAUUCUGAACAGAGGUUAAAGCCAAAAUCAAAUCAGUGCUUCAGAGGGCACUGACAAACACCUUCAGGAAGCAUUCCUAGAAAUACUGUUACGUAAUUUGUUCUGAUUUUAAGCAACCACGAUCAAUAUGGAAAGUGUUAUCCGGAAUUAGUAAUUCAUUUUUGGAAAUUUAGAGACAAUUGCAUACAUUCCCAUAGUUCCCUUCUGUAUUAUGAAAACAGUUAUGAAUAUAUGUAUAUUUUUGCAUUUGUAUGUGUGGUAUAUGUACUACCUCAGAGAAAUGCUGUAAAAAACAAAACAAAAACAAAGAAAACAUAUUUUGAUGAUUUCUAUCCAAACCACAGUUCAUCCAUGACCUAAUUCAAAUUCAAUCCACAUUGUACAAAUGGCUUGCUAAACUGAGAAUCUGGCUGUGUUUUAGGUUUGGCUCUGGAAAUCUUCCUAUAGCUUUCGUUAAGAAAACUUUGCAGUGUUUUGCUUUUGCAUCCCUCAGGCAAAUCGUGCUUUGAUGGGUGAAUUUAGUACAUCCUAUAUUGAGAAUAUAGGAAAUAUUUAAAGCUGGUAAUAGUUACGUGGACGCAAACUUAAGUAAAUUGUUUCUUAUCCAUUAAACAAAGGCUUGGCUGAGUUAUACUUCAAUGUUUGCCUUCAAACUGGUGAGGGGUCACCAUAACAAAUGCUGAGAGAAAGCAAUGUAAAGGUAGCUCAUCUCUUAUGUGCCAUAAUGUUACCCAUUUUGAUACAAGUAUUGUAAGAUACCUUCAUGUCUCACAGAAUGUAAAUAAUGAAAAUAAAAUCAAAGCAGUUAAAGCCAAAUCCCUCAGCUUUUUCAGAUCACGUACUGCUUUUGUGCACAAGAGACAUGUGUAAGCCUGUGUAUUCUGCAAGCUGUCACUAGGCACCCACUGAUUUCAUAAGAAAAAUGUUAAAGGAGAAAGAUUUGUUCUUGUAGUGCUUCUUUUAGUGCUAUUUGAGGUGAUACAUAUGCCACAGAAUGUGAACAAUAAUUGAUUACGGUUUAGUCAGGAUCAUGCGCCAUUUGGUUUCCCUUUUAGAAGUCAUAAGACUCCUGAUGCCAAAAAAAAUCAAAGUGACAAAACUCAUGCAUUUCUAUUUUUUAAUCAGCUCUGUGUUUGUAUGUAAUGUUUUAAAUAGGAAUUUGAUGACAUUACAGCCUGGCCAUUGUUUAUCCAUGUAUUCUGAAAACUGUAAUAAAGAUUAUGUACAUGA